AUGACCAGAAAUGGGGAUAGUAACAGUUUCAUGAUCCUUAUCUUGAGAAUAGUUGAGAGUGAUAAGAGAUGGACACGUUUAUUUCGACUUCUACGACUUAUCAUUCUGAUAAGAGUUUUUCAUCUGGCUCAUCUAAAAAGACAACUUGGAAAGCUGAUAAGAAGGCUGGUUUCAGGAAACAAAAGGCGAUACAAAAGGGAUGGAUUUGACCUAGACCUCACUUAUAUUACUGAACGUAUUAUCGCUAUGUCAUUUCCAUCUUCUGGAGGCCAGUCCUUCUAUCGGAAUCCAAUUAAGGAAGUUGUACAGUUUCUAGACAAGAAACAUCCAAACCACUAUCGAGUCUACAAUCUAUGCAGUGAAAGAGCUUAUGAUCCUAAGCACUUCCAUAAUAGGGUCAGUAGAAUCAUGAUUGAUGAUCAUAAUGUCCCCACUCUAUGGGAGAUGGUAGCAUUCUCCAAGGAAGCAAAGGAGUGGCUGGCUCAAGAUCCUGAAAACAUCAUAGUGAUUCACUGUAAAGGAGGCAAAGGAAGAACUGGAACUAUGGUUUGUGCCUGCCUGAUUGCCACUGAAAUAUUUUUAACUGCAGAGGAAAGCUUGUGCUAUUUUGGAGAACGGCGAACAGAUAAAACCAGUGGCACUAAAUAUCAGGGAGUAGAGACUCCUUCUCAGAAUAGGUAUGUUGGAUAUUUUGCACAAGUGAAACAUAGCUACAACUGGAAUCUCCCUCCAAGAAAGACACUGUUUAUAAAAAGAUUCAUUAUUUAUUCGAUUCAUGGCAAUGGAUAUGAUCUAAAAGUCCAAAUAGUAAUGAAGAAAGAGAUCGUCUUUUCCUGUACUUCCUUCAACAAUUGUCGGGUAUUUCAUGACACUGAAACAGACAGGGUAAUAAUUGAUGUGUUCAACUGUCCACCUCUGUAUGAUGAUGUGAAAGUGCAAGUUUCCUCUUCGGAUUUUCCUAAAUACUAUCACAACUACCCUUUUUUCUUCUGGUUUAACACAUCUUUAAUACAAAAUAACAGGCUUUAUCUACAAAGAAAUCAAUUGGAUAAUCUUCAUAAACAAAAAACAUGGAAAAUGUAUCAACCACAAUAUGCAGUAGAGACGUAUUUUGAUGAGAAAUGA